AGUCAAACCAAUCCAAUCUUUAUCCUUCGCCAUCAUGGGCGACAUUGUAGCCCUAGCCGGAUCUGAAGACGAGUUACAAACUGUAUAUGAGAUCAGAUUUGCUGAUGACCCCACAGAAGUAACCCUUCAAAGACGUUGGACUCCAGCCAUCACCGAACAGUUCAUCCUGCUUCGACAUGCUAAACGGAGGUUCUUCAACGGCAAGAGGAACACUACAAAGGCGUUGUACGCGCAAAUUCUGGAUGAGAUUGGACUACGGAACGUUGUUUCUGCUGACCAGGCCCGUAAGAAAUGGAAUAACCUGAUGGCCAAGUACAGAGUUGAGAAGGCAGAAAUGGAAAAACGUGAGAACGAGGGCAAUCCUGUCCCCGAAGCAUUGGUCUGGCCUUACUUCAAAGUGAUGGAUAUGGUAAUGAAAGACUUUGAGGGGACCCUGGCAGUUGUUCACCCAGCUCCACAACCCCAGUAUGUGCUGCAACGACCACCCGCAGUCACCUCCAGCGUAGCUCUUGUUGAGUCUCCAAAUGUGACCAUUGAUGGUGUGACGUACACAGUACAGUCGUGCGAAAGCAAUGGUACAGAGCAGGUGCAGAUGCUGAAACCGAUUCAGACGGAGGAAGUGACGACCCGGCGCAGGCGACGGCGUUCUUCUCUCAAAGAGCCUUCCUUCGAAGACCGUCUACUGCGAGCUGUCGAGACGGGAAACACGGUAUUGGACCGCAUGAGUCGCACAGUGGAGAACCAGGGCAACUCGCUGCUCGCUGUACUGGAGAAGUUGGCCCAGGAGCUGUGCAAGGACUAGGCACCACAUUCAUCACUUGUUACACCUUCAAGCUUGCGAGCACUGAAGAUUGAGUUCUGAAACAUUCAUUGUACUGAUGCACACAUUGACACAAUCACUGAGUACCUUCAAUAAAGUGUUCUAAAGUUCC